CGGAGCUGGUGGGAGUGAAGGAGCCGAAGGCGAAGUUGGUGGUGCUGGGGACGCUGCUGAGAGGCAGGGCGAAGGCUGUGUAUGACAGCUUGGACGGUGCUGGCGGGAAGAGGACAUAGGAGGCUGUCACAGAGCGGUUGGCGGCGGAGUUUGACAGCCCAGUGAACAGAGAAGACGCGCUGCAGAAGUUCCGGUUGGCGAGGUUGCCGGUCGAUGGUGACCCACUGGUGCUGGCUGUGGAGCUUACCAGAUUGUUACGCCGUGCGCUGCCGAGUCUGGAUGAGGAGUCGGAGGCACAGUUGUUGGCGUCACAGUUUAUCGAGAGUGUGCCUGCCACCGUCUCCCAACAGCUGAAACUAGUAAACGCAGCGCAACCGAUGGAUAUCAGUGAACUGGCGAAGGUGACUCGUCAGCUGAUGACGCGAACAGUAGCUCCCGUCGGGUGCGAAAAGCAGGAGAUGAGUAAUGUCGAGAAGAAGAUUGAGGAGCUGGAGCGUGAGAUUGCAGCAAUACGAGUGAACAAUAAACGGAACGAUAAAUGUUACGCUUGUGGAGGGACAGGACAUUGGAAGAUAAACUGUCCAACAAGACGAAGUCGCAGAUACGUUAGACGUUACAACGAGUGUUCUUUCUAUCCUAGGAAUCUGGGAAUUGUUGCGUUAGUAGACAGAGUAGCAGUAUAUACGAGAGUGAACAUAAAUGAGCGAAAUUUAGUUUGUCUGAUCGAUACAGGUGCAGCAUUAUCGUUAAUAGGCAAAGAGCAAUGUAAGAGAAUCAAGCCGUGUACAUUAGCUGUCCACACGAUAGGAGGCCAUAUGUUAGAGGUGUUUGGCAUAUCUAACAGUAUCGUAAAAGUGGGGGAUGCUGAGAUAAAUUUUCCGUUCGUGGUAACCACAAGUCUAUCGAGACCGAUAUUAGGAGCAGAUUUCCUAAGAGAAGUAAAAGCGAUAGUUGACUUAAGAAGCGGUAAGGUAGUCACGAAAUAUGGUUCAUUGACGAUACACGAAAGUAGCGAAGUGGCUGAAAUAAGAGUUGCAGCGGAUGUCUCGUCGAAGAAACCAAACAUUCACGAGUUAUGCAAAAAGUAUGCGA